UGCGCACGCGGCCUGUAAUUUCGCGCUUCUCGCAGCGCGCAGGCGCGUACAAAGAUGGCCGACGCAUUUUAAUAACGAAUAAAGUGAAAUUUAUAUACGUUAUGGAUUGAUUUUUGACUUUGUGUUGUUGAUGAUGUUACUUCGAGUGCCCUUAUAAAGAUAACUUCCAUCAUUGCUAUGACUCAGUGUCUGCGAGAUUUGUUUUACAGUAAUCUUAAUCAAGAUGGUCUAAAUAGAACGAAAUAAAAAAAAAACAUUGCAGGACGUCACCUCAAAGGCGUGUUGCGGGUAAGGUCCGGGUGCGGCGUGCCUCGACGACCUUACAAACAGGUGAGGAGACGACGCUACACAGAACAUGAUACUAAGAUUGCCCUGCCCGUUCACGCAAAGCUCGCUAGCCAGUUUACGACAAGCGCCCGCCUCCGGGCACUCCGCCGGCCCGGCCUGGUGGAGCAUGAUGAACGGCGUCGGCGGCGCGAUAUACGAGGAGCCGCACGCGUCCCCCCCUGGCGGGUCACCACCGGCAGCGCCGGCCGCCGCCCCGCCGUCCGCCUCCAGCGCCUCGCCGGCCUCCGUGGGUUCCAACCCUCCUCAGCCGCUUCACAUACCGGCCAAACGAUAUGAGCCAGAACCGGGUGUCAUACGUCACGCGCAACAAUCUUGGGGUUACCCGCCUGAUGCACCAGGUUCCUUCGAGCACCAGUACCCUACGGCGCCGACUUAUUAUAAUCUCCCGGUGGAGAGGGAACGGAAAUCAGCGCUACCUUUCUGGCCGACGAGUGGUGGCGAGUACAAGCCGUACGCGGACGGCUGCCAUCAAGGUUUCUCGCAGCCCUGUUGGAACUACCCCUACGGUGCUCCGCGGGGGGACCAGCCUCUGUCGUACGUGGGCGGAGAGGAGCGCCGGGCAGCUGUCUCCGAGGCGUCGGGCUUCUCUCAUGAUGCCUAUGGUCUCCGGAACUACGCGCCAGAAUCGGUAUCUAGCGCCCCUUACCCACCUCCGAGUGCUCUACCCGGAUCCCUGUCGAUGUCCGUUGGAGUGGGAGUCGGAUGCGGCUCAUCAAAUCCCUUAGACUGGACCGGACAAGUGACUGUGCGCAAAAAACGCAAACCGUACUCCAAGUUCCAGACCCUCGAACUAGAGAAAGAGUUCCUGUUCAACGCUUACGUAUCAAAACAGAAACGAUGGGAGCUAGCGCGGAAUCUCAACUUAACAGAACGCCAGGUCAAAAUAUGGUUCCAGAACAGACGUAUGAAAAACAAGAAGAAUUCACAACGGCAGGCGGCGCAGGCGGCUCAAAACAACAACAAUAACUCGAACGCCAACAACCACAAUCACCACGGUCAUCACCACGCGCCCCACCACGUGGCGCUGCACCACGCACCGCCGGCCAAACACCACCAGUGACCCGCGCCCUUCUCUGGGACUUUCACGGUAUAACCGGAUGAACGAACUCAAGUGUUGUGGUAUAGUGGUCGGUGAGAUCUCUGUGCUUAGUACCGAUCUACAUCUAACAGCACGUCUCAAAGUCUCCAACAUAAACAAUCGUAUCCCACAUGAGGAUGUUAGCUCGUACUAAACACUGGGUCCGAUCGGUUACCGUAGUUGUACCGUUUACGUAAUGUGGACGCUAUAUGAGCGGAGUCCCAGAGAAUCACUUAGUAUAUUGUGUUGUCGAUUUGUGUAUAGUAUUACUUACGAAAUUAUCUGUAAUUUUAACGAGACUAAGUAUGAGUAGCUAGCGAUUCCUGAUACUGAUGAUAUGUAGUAAUAGCCCCGAUUGUGUAUUUUAUAAUAUUAUUUAAGCGUCGAAGUUUAAAUAAACAUUAGCGUCACUGGUGAACCUUAAUGUAUCUAGAUAGUUUAUUGACAAUGAUUUUUCUGUGUAAAAUAUUUGGUGAGACUGCUUCGUCGUUUGUAUUAGUAUUGCUGUACGGAUGGUGGUUGUAUUGAUCAGUUAAUCAUUUAUUUCGUUACCAAAUUGUUGAAUUACUCGGGUUGCUUUGGUGGCAGUUAUGUAAAUCUCUCGUAGUGCGAUGGAUUUAGAUUAUAGUCUUACUGUUCGGCGGAUGUUUCUGCCGGUUAAGCCUAAUACUUAAGAACGUAGCAUUGACGUCGCUUUAUAAUCCCAUGGGAAUACCAUUAAAUGAUCAAAUAUU